ACCUGCUUGCUGCGCUGGUGCCUGGAGCCGGCCCUGCACACUAGACUAGAGGACCCUGGGGCUAGUCCCUGCUCUGCAGUGGUGCACCUGGCUGGGGUGGGGGCCACAGGAGGGUGCUGGCUCACCACACACAGUGCUGGGAGGAUUACGCAGUGCCAACUGUAGGCCAAAGCAAUUUGCUCGUAACUAAUACCCCAGAGGGGGAGGGGCAGAGGGUCAUUGACUCCCGUGGGCUCCCAGCUCCAGGCCUCUGCCCAAUGGCUCUCGGUCUUCCAUGUGGCUCCUCACACUACUCCAGGGAGCAGCUGCUGCAGUUCCAAGCCCUGCCCCCUGGAGCUCUGCCCACAGCCCCUUGGGGCUGCCAGCUUAUCUCCCCAAGGACAGCAGGGUGGAAAAUUGGCCCCUGUCUCUUUCUCAGCCGCCUCCUGGCCGGCGUAUAUAAAGGGCUGCUGGCCCCGCUCGGGCUCCAGGACCCACGUAAGAAGCAGAAUGGCAUUCCUCUGGCUCCUGCCCUGCCUCGCCUUCCUGGGUGCUGCCCAUGGCUGCGGCCUCCCUGCCAUCCAGCCUGUCAUCAGCGGCUACGCUCGAAUCGUGAACGGUGAGACGGUGGUUCCUGGAUCCUGGCCCUGGCAGGUCUCCCUACAGGACAACACCGGCUUCCAUUUCUGCGGCGGCUCCCUGAUCAGCGAGAACUGGGUGGUCACCGCUGCUCACUGCGGCGUCAGCACAAGUCACCGUGUGGUUCUGGGGGAAUUUGACCAAGGCUCUCCAGCCGAGGAUGUGCAAGUCCUGCAGAUUGCACAGGUUUUCAAGAACCCCAGUUUCAGCAUGUUAACUGUGAAGAACGACAUCACCCUGCUGAAGCUGGCCUCCCCAGCCAAGCUGACAGCCCGCAUAUCCCCCGUGUGCCUGCCCAAGGCCACUGACGACUUCCCCGGAGGCCUGACCUGCGUGACCACAGGCUGGGGCCUGACUGAUCCCAAGGCCCAGAACACCCCAGACAAGCUGCAGCAGGCGGCCCUGCCCCUGCUGACCAACACACAGUGCAAGAGCUACUGGGGCUUCAGGAUCGCUGAUGUCAUGAUCUGCGCCGGCGCCGCUGGAGCCUCCUCCUGCAUGGGUGACUCCGGCGGCCCCCUGGUGUGCCAGAAGGACGGCGCCUGGACCCUGGUGGGGAUCGUCUCCUGGGGAAGCAGCACCUGCUCCACCUCCACGCCCGGUGUUUACGCCCGCGUCACCAAGCUCAGGGCCUGGAUCGACCAGAUCAUCGCGGCCAAUUAAUUCAGCCG